AUGCCUUCUUAUCCUAAAUUCUUUCACUCCCGGCUACCACGGCCCCUGAAUUCCCGCAGAUCAACGGCUCUGAUCCUCUCUUGCCUUCUCAUUGGGAUCUCUGGUUUCAUCUUUGGCCUCAGUUCUUUUCUCACCUCCUCCUCUCACACCUACCGUUGCUUCAAUAAAUCCCCGCCGCGAUCGGUCCGUGUAGUCUGGGAAACCAAUAACAACAAGAAUAGUAAUGGUGGUGGAAACGCCUUCGUUUUGGAUGGUGAGGAAAGGAAAGAGAGGCAUAAGGUUAUGGGGUUUGUUGGGAUUCAAACUGGGUUCGGGUCAUCGGGUCGGAGGCGGUCUUUGAGGAAGACUUGGAUGCCCUCCGAUCGUCAGGGACUUCACCGGUUGGAAGAAUCUACUGGUUUAGCAUUCAGGUUUAUUAUUGGUAGAACUAAUGAUAAAUUGAAGAUGGCAGAGCUCAAAAAGGAGAUUGCAGAAUAUGAUGAUUUCUUGUUAUUAGAUAUCGAGGAACAGUAUAGUAAGCUCCCAUAUAAAACGUUAGCAUUCUUUAAAGCUGCCUAUGCACUUUUUGAUUCCGACUUUUAUGUUAAAGCUGAUGAUGACAUAUAUUUGAGGCCAGGUGGGAAAAAUGUGAAACUUGUUGAUGUUUAUCGUCUUUCAACUCUUUUGGCAAAAGAGCGUACUCACUCUCAAACUUACCUUGGAUGCUUGAAAAAGGGGCCAGUUUUCACUGAUCCAAAGCUAAAAUGGUAUGAACCAUUAUCCUAUUUGCUUGGGAAGGAGUACUUUCUUCAUGCGUAUGGUCCAUUAUAUGCUCUUUCUGCCGACGUUGUUGCAAGUUUAGUUGCUCUUAGAAACAACAGCAAUGAAGAUGUUACAAUUGGUGCAUGGAUGCUGGCAAUGAAUGUUAAUCACGAGGAUAACAGAGCGCUAUGCGCACCAGAGUGUACACCAUCGUCAAUUGCAGUAUGGGACAUUCCCAAAUGUUCAGGGCUCUGUAAUCCAGAAGCCAGAUUGUUAGAACUUCAUCAGCAAGAGAGCUGCUCAAACAGUCCAACUAUGGAAUCUGAUGAUUAA